AUGUGGCAGCUUUUAGCAGCAGCAUGCUGGAUACUUAUUCCUGGACUCAUAUAUGGUUGUGAUAAGAAAGGAAGCAUCACAAAUCCUGAAGCAUAUAUGAAUAUUGUAAGUCAUUCCCAGAUUAUUUCUUACUGGGGUUAUCCUUAUGAAGAGUAUGAUGUUGUCACAGAAGAUGGUUAUGUCCUCGGAAUUUAUAGGAUUCCUCAUGGAAGAGGAUGCCCAAGGGGAACAGCUCCAAAGUCUAUUGCGUAUUUGCAGCAUGGCUUAAUUGCAUCUGCCAGUAACUGGAUUUGCAACCUGCCAAACAACAGCUUGGCUUUCCUUCUGGCAGAUGUUGGUUAUGAUGUGUGGUUAGGGAACAGCCGGGGAAACACCUGGUCCAGAAAACACCUGAAAUUGUCACCCAAAUCACCAGAAUUCUGGGCCUUCAGUUUGGAUGAGAUGGCUAAAUAUGAUCUUCCAGCCACAAUCAAUUUUAUCAUAGAGAAAACUGGACAGGAGCAACUCUACUACGUGGGACACUCCCAAGGCACCACCAUAGGUUUCAUAGCAUUCUCUACAAAUCCAGAACUGGCUGAAAGGAUUAAGAUAUUUUUUGCACUGGCUCCAGUUGUCACCGCAAAAUACACCAAAAGUCCUAUGAAAAUAUUAACAACUCUUUCCAGGCAAGUAGUCAAGGUAUUGUUUGGUGACAAAAUGUUCCACCCACAUACAUUGAUUGACCAGUUCAUUGCCACCAAGGUGUGCAGCCGGAAGCUAUUCCAUCAUAUUUGCAGCAACUUGCUAUUUACUUUCAGUGGAUUUGAUCCAAAAAAUUUAAACACGAGUCGUUUGGAUGUGUAUUUGGCACAGAACCCCGCGGGAACAUCUGUUCAGAAUAUGCUGCACUGGGCCCAGGCAGUUAAUACUGGUCGGCUUCAAGCUUUUGAUUGGGGAAACCCAGAUCAGAACAUGAUGCACUUCCACCAGCGUACACCUCCUUUAUACAACGUUACUAAGAUGAAAGUUCCAACAGCAAUAUGGAGUGGUGGACAUGACAUUGUGGCUGAUCCCAAGGAUGUUGAAAAUUUACUCCCUAAAAUUGCCAAUCUUAUUUAUCACAAGAUGAUUCCACACUAUAAUCAUGUGGAUUUUUACCUUGGACAGGAUGCACCCCAGGAAAUUUACCAAGACCUAAUUAGAUUGAUGGAGGAAUGUUCACAAAAUUAAAUACGCUUUCCUUUCUGUAAGCAAGUGGGCUU